AUGUAUACAACCGUCAUUCUUUUAUUUGCCUUUGGAACCUGGUUGCUCUCUCGCAGCAGAAACUCUAAAAUCUCAGAGAGUCAUAAUAAAACUCCGGUGUCAUCUAAAGGAACUGACACCGAGUUUGUACAAGCCUUAACUCGACUUUUUGAGCUGAUAUCUGGCCAGAUGAACGUUGCGAAUACGACAUCAAACAUGUCAGAAACUUUCAACGCCAGUCUGAAACAUGUUCAAGAACAGGUGAACCAAUUGCAAUCAGAGCAAAGGUCCGGACUAACCAGCGCCCGUUUUGCUUCUCUAAGCAGCUUGCUAGACGACUUGAAAAAUAAAAUGGCCUUCAGAACAGAGCUUGAGGAAUUGUCCGCUAAAGUUGAAACUUCGAACACUUCCCUGCAAUCUCUCAAAGAACAGGUAGGCCACCUGUUAGAAUCUCCACAUUUCAAACCCACUCCGGUGGAGCUCGCUUUCUUGAUCAACCAGGUGCCUGAUACACAACUAAAAUUCACUUCGAAAGCGGACUUUGAUCAGCUCUUCAUCAAGUCAACUGAAAUGAUGGACACGCUGGACUUGCAAGAUGUAAAGCUUCAACAGGCUGUCGACCGUUGGAAUGAAUUUACCACAUGGCUUCAAGAACUCCAGGAAAAUAUGCAGUCCCUUCGAGUUGGGCUUGAAACAAAAGGAAAGGAAGUGAAGGAUUUGGCGAUGGGAUUUGCGAAUCUUAAAGAAAAUCAGAAGGAAGAUCUUCAAGUUGCGCAGCGAACGCUAAAGGACACACAAACUGCAAUAUUAGAACUCAAAAAGAAAAUCACCUCGUCAUCUAAGAGAACGGAUGAAUUAGUUCGGGAGAUCGACUCAUUAAAAGUGCAAACCAACAAUAACCAAAAGACAGCAAUGUCGACUGUUGUUCUGGCUGACCAAAUAGACAAGCUUCAGGCAAAAGCUGCUUCCUCCGAAGAAGCAAUACGGAAAUUGAAUCGAGAGUGGGAACUUUGGAUGCAUGUCGAUGAUGUCAGCGAGACCGGUGGUUCGAUGCAAGACCCUAAUACACAGGUCGUGGGCAUCCGUUCGGAGGUUGAGUCGUCCGAGAACAUCGCAAAUACGAAGACUGGUGACUUGGAUACUUUGAAACACGGCCCCCAGGAGUCAAACAAUCGAACUGAUGAAAUCCAAGAGAAACUCAAAACCCACGAAGCCGCGGUUCAACGAUUGUCUGAUGAAUUGGAGGCGUUAAGGAACGACAAACAGGACCCGAUCAAUCAGUUCGAACUGCUCCAAAAUAAAAUCGGGACAUGCGAGGAAGCUACGAAUACGCUGGUCAGGGGUUUUGAAAAAUUUAAAAAUACCACUCUGGAGUCAAAAAGCCAGAGCGGCGAACUUCGAGGGAAGCUGAAAUCCCAUGAGGAGAUUCUCCAGCGACUAUCUAACGACUUGAGAGAGUUGAACAAUAAGAAGGACUCUAACAACGAGUUCAAGGAGCUCGUGGAGAAAAUAAGAUCGUGUGAUGCGGCUAUAGAAGGGUUGACUAAGGAACUAGAAACUAAAAAAAAUGACCAACAAGGCAGCCAACCUGCAACAGAAACCGACAUGAAAAUUGAGAAGCUAAAGUCAACCCUUAACCAGGUGGAUACAAUCGCCCUGACGACUCGAUGUGAUGUGGAUCGAAUCACCACUCAGAUCAAGGAGUUUGGCCUGUCAACACAAGCAUGCCGUACCUUGCUCACUCAGCAGGGUAUUGAGAUUUUCAAAAUCCGUGAAAAGUUAGGCAUCACUACACCUCCAACAAGCCCGCUCGAUAUCGAGAGAGGUAUGGUCCAAAAAGAUGUCGCAAAGUCGGCAGCCAUGUUUGCCCAAGUAUCAAGCGGGAAAAAAUCUACCAAAGACAACGGAAAUGAGCCUCCCCAGACGUCCACUGUUCCUGGGGAUGAUAAACCAAGCCCAUCCACAGUAACAUCGGAAACGCAAUUGAAAGAGAAGCUUAGUUGGAGAGAUGCGACCUCUGCGAGUGAAGGAACUACUUCCAACGAGUCAGCAAAACCUUCUACUCAGUCUACUGCGUCGACAUCAUUGGCAUCCGCACCCGUGGCUUCGACUCCAGCACCGAAACGACAGGCACCGAAACAGCGAGAUAAAAAUAAUAGUCGCUGGGAUCCGGCGUACGUGGAAUCUGCUGACAUACCAGAAGUCGAAGAAAAAAUAUCUCAAGCGGCUCCCGGAGCUAAUCCAGGACUGAAGGGAGACAUCACCAAGGAAUCAGGCGACCCUUCGAAGCAAAUCACUUCGUCAUCCAAGUCUUCAGCUUAUCCACCAAGUUCGGACCCCGCUUCGAAACAGCCAGAUAAAAAUAUGAGCCGCCGGGAUCCUGCUGACGAGAACGUUGUCUUGAGAUUUGGUGCCGCAAGCGAGGUCGCCUAUCUGAGCCUCCAAAUCAAUCCUUUAACUCUUCUCAUAAAUAAAAUGAUAUAG